AUAAUUCAGACUGGCAUUGUCCCGGACAGCUAAAUCUGGUUUCGGUGGGUCCUUCAGUCUUGGAGGAAAGAUUAGUAGCUAGCAGUUAGCCGUGGUCAACAUGCCGACUGUCAGUGUCAAAAGGGAUCUUCUGUUUCAUGCCUUGGGCAGAACAUAUACUGAUGAAGAAUUUGAUGAGUUGUGUUUUGAGUUUGGGCUGGAGCUCGAUGAGAUUACCUCAGAGAAGGACAUCAUCAGUCGUGAGCAGGGGGACACCAAGGCAGAGGGGGCGUCUGAUGUGAUUCUGUAUAAGAUCGAUGUCCCAGCUAACCGCUAUGACCUUCUGUGUCUGGAAGGGCUGGUCAGGGGCCUGCAGGUCUUCAAGCAGAAGAUGGAAGCCCCUCGCUACAGGCGUGUGAGUCCAGCCAGCAGUGAGCCUCAGAGGCUGGUCAUCACAGAGGAGACAACUGCUGUGCGACCCUACGCUGUGGCUGCAGUCCUGAGGAACAUCACCUUCACACAGGAACGCUACGACAGCUUUAUCGAACUACAGGAGAAACUCCAUCAGAAUGUCUGUAGGAAAAGGACUCUGGUUGCCAUCGGCACCCAUGACCUGGACACCAUUUCAGGCCCCUUCACCUACACAGCCAAACCACCUGGUGACAUCCGCUUCAAACCUCUCAACCAGGCCAAGGAGUACACCGCACAGGAACUCAUGAGCCUCUACAAGACAGACAGCCACUUGCGACACUAUCUGCACAUCAUUGAAGACGAGGCUGUAUAUCCUGUCAUCUAUGACAGCAACGGCAUUGUUUUGUCUAUGCCUCCAAUCAUCAAUGGGGACCAUUCCAAAAUCUCCUUGAAUACAAAGAAUGUUUUUAUCGAGUGCACAGCCACUGACCUUACCAAGGCAAAAAUUGUGUUGGACAUGAUGGUGACGAUGUUCUGCGAGUAUUGUGAAGAGCCUUUCACGGUAGAGGAGGUUGAGGUGGUGUACCCAGAUGGAAGGACCUGUCAGUACCCGGAGCUGGCUUACAGGAAGGAAACUCUGUCAGCUGACUUCAUCAACCGUAAAGUUGGCAUCAGUGAGUCGACUGAGCAUAUCGCUCAACUGUUGACCAAGAUGUGCUUGCGCUCAGAGGUCAUGAGUGACGGCGACCAGAUCGAGGUGGAGAUCCCGCCUACGCGCUCUGACGUCAUCCACGCCUGUGACAUCAUGGAGGACGCCGCCAUGGCGUACGGUUUCAACAAUAUUCCCCGCACCACGCCGCGCACAUAUACCAUAGCCAAUCAGCUCCCACUGAAUAAGCUGUCGGAGCUACUGAGACAGGACCUGGCUGCUGCUGGAUUCACGGAGGCCCUCACCUUCGCCCUGUGUUCUCAAGAGGACAUAGCUGACAAGCUGUUGAAGAACAUCUCAGAGACCAGAGCAUGUCGCAUCUCCAACCCCAAGACAGCUGAGUUCCAGGUGGCGCGCACCACCCUGCUGUCAGGCCUGCUGAAGACUGUGGCUGCCAACAGGAAGAUGCCUCUGCCUCUGAGGCUGUUUGAGAUUUCAGACGUGGUGCUCAAGGAUGAAUCCAAAGACGUGGGGGCCAGGAACAACCGUCGCCUGUGUGCUGUCUACUACAACAAGAGUCCUGGGUUUGAGGUGAUCCAUGGUCUGAUGGACAGGGUUAUGCAGCUGCUGGAGAUCAAACCAGGCCAGGGCAAUGGCUACCACAUCCAGGCUGCUGACGAUUCCACCUUCUUCCCUGGUCGCUGUGCUGAGAUCUUUGCGUGCGGGAAGAGCAUAGGACGCCUUGGGGUCCUUCACCCUGAUGUCAUCAACCGCUUUGAGCUCACCAUGCCAUGCUCCGCCCUGGACAUCGACAUUGAGCACUUCCUGUGAUGUCACAGGCAGACUCACGCCUGAACCUGUAACUCCACCCUACUCAUGCUCAGUCAAUCUCAACACAGGCUUUCCCAGCUCCAGCAGAGUACAGUCCAACCUGCCACAGCUGAGCUCACAUUUUCACACAAAUCUCCCAUUGACAUCACAUUGCGAGCUUGAGAUAUGUGCGAAGGUAAGGAUUCGGCUCCAAAUAAAUUGUUCAGUUUAUAUCAUGCUGGUAUUUCUGUUGACAAAUGUACAACAGUGUAUGAAGUAACCAUAUAAAUUGUAGGCUGGUAUAUACAAAGGAUGUGGCUGUAUUUGUAUCUCCAUGGUAAUUAAAGUGAAUAUGAGAUGUCA